AAUCUUUAGUUUUGACUCCUUUACUAUCUGGGUCUAUCCAAAUUCGGGUUUUUUUUAUCUGUCUUCUUUCUUCUCCAUUGCAUCGGGUGAAAACUUUAAUAAGUAUAUUUUGAAAGAAAUAUAAACAAUCUCUGCAAGGAUUGCCAUGGACUCGAUGAAUGGCAUCGAUAAUGUACCAGAAACAGCGACUCGUAAAAUCAAGGCAUUCUUUGAGUCAGCUCCACCACUAAAAGAUGUUGCUGAAAUAGAGACAAAAUUGAAGGAAUUUGUCUACCGAAAUUCUUCAUCAUCAGAGAAUGGAAAAAUAAACAGGGUGGUGUGUGUGACUUCCGGUGGUACAACUGUUCCUUUGGAGAAGCGAUGUGUUCGUUAUAUUGACAACUUUAGCUCUGGUCAUAGAGGAGCUGCUUCCACAGAGUACUUUUUGAAGGCUGGUUAUUCUGUCAUCUUUCUUUACCGUAGGGGAACUUGCCAGCCAUUUUGCAGAUCACUGCCUGAUGAUCCAUUGCUCGAGUGUUUUACUUCAACUGAUCAUUCAAGUAUUCAAGUGGACCCAUCACAUGCUGAAGUGGUGAAGAGAGCCAUUUCUGAAAAUCGUUCUGCAGUUAACGGGGGCUUCCUGUUGAAAUUACCGUUUACAACAAUUUUUGAGUAUUUGCAGAUUCUUCGGCUGAUUGCUGGCUCUUUAAGGAGCCGUGGGCCUAGUGCUAUGUUCUAUCUUGCAGCUGCAGUUUCUGACUUCUAUGUACCAUGGGAGAGCAUGACGGUGCAUAAGAUCCAGUCAGGAUCUGGUCCCUUGGACAUGCGCCUUGCUCAAGUACCGAAGAUGCUUUAUGUGCUCAGAAAUGAGUGGGCACCUGUGGCCUUCUGUAUAUCUUUCAAGCUGGAGACAGAUACAGAUAUCCUUUUAGGAAAGGCUGAUAUGGCACUCAAAAAGUACAAAAUGCAUAUGGUGGUAGCUAAUGAACUUUCAACCCGCAAAGAGGAAGUUAUAGUUGUCACAGAGCAGGAAAAAAUCGCAGUUCGUCGGGACAAAACACAGGCCGGUGCUGAUGUUGAGGACCCAUUGAUUAAACUUGUUGUGGAUAGGCAUUCAGCAUACAUCAAGCAUUCUGAUGCAUGAUCUCUAAGGACUGACUGGUGAUAUUUGUUGGAUCAGUGGAAUCUGAUUUCUUUUCAAGAAGAAUGCACUACAUCUGUGCAACAAUUAUGUAAUCAACUGUUAAAAAGAGAGGUAUCUUUCCACCCUACUCGACCAACCACCACAGGUCACAGGCUCUCUUGAAAGAGGAAAAAGAAAGAGGGUACCUUUUAGUUGUUCCAACUGCGGAGUCUUUUUUUCUUGUUAAAGAAUAUGUUUCAUGAAAGAAAAAGUAGCUGUACCCCUUAAUUUAUUACAGAAGAAUAUGUACUUUCAGCGCUGGCUAUAAUUCUUACAGUUCCCAUUUAGAAGCCCUUUUCUCUGGGCAUGAUGUUUUUCUAGAUGAUAGCUGUUUUUU